UAUUCUAUUGACUUCAAAAGUCAAUACAUAACAGUAACCAUAAAAACAAUAUUGGAUGGAAGGAGUAGCAAACUUCAAUGAAUGCUUACUCCUUCUCCUUCUUUCUCCUUAAUUGUUGUUAAACCAAAUUUAUAAGCAGUAACCAAGAUUUAUUUUUCAGUUCCAAUGUGCAAACUCAAAAGUUAUUCUACUAGAGCAUCUUUACUACAAGUCAAAGCUUUGGAUUGCAACAGUAACAACAAUAACAACUACAGCAGCACUGGUGACGUCACCAGCUGUAAGAACGCCACGUCGUCAUCAUCAGUUUCGAACACGAACUACGUGGUGCAGUUAGAUAAGUCUUCUUCAUCUUGCAUUACUCGUCCUUUAGCUGAGAUCCUACGUGACCUGAACAAUAUUAUCAAAGCUGAUGAUGGGGAUGAUCACUAUACCUGGUACCACGCUAACCAGAUGUUGAGCUUCUAUGCUCCAGGCUGGUGUGGAGAAGUAAGAAAUGUCAUUUCCCCAGAUAAUGGAAGUGUGACGGUUGUUUAUCGUGUCACCAUACGCGGAUCAGAUGGAGAGGCACACCGCGAAUCAACUGGGACAGUAUCACCAGGCAAUGGCCACAGCACAGAUCUGGUUGUUGCUGCUGAGAAGAUAGCAUUUUGCAGAGCAUGUGCUUGUUUCGGGCUUGGCUUAUAUCCGUAUCAUUAAGAAUGGUUGAGCAGAUGCUAUAAACUGGACAGUGUUGAAAAAGCUGUUGAAGGUCCUUGUUGUACACAAGAUGAUGUAAAAAUGUUAUUCGUGAGGAUUGUUAAUAUGCACUGUGAAAGUACUAAAAUAUGCUCAAGGAGAAUGAGGCCUCAAAAAAUGUAAAAAAUAGGAAAAGUGGAAUAUAUAAUGGAGAUAUCAGAUAUCAUCUGUUGCUUUAUGUAUGAUGCAUUUUGCCC